AUGGGGCUAGAGGUGGCUGUGGUCGGUGGCGGACACGGAACGAACGGGUCUGCCGCGACUCCAGGGCUCUUGAUCGACUUAACAGCCAUGAAUAAGACCAUGAUCGACGUCGAAAAGAAGACGAUCACCGCAGAAGGAGGCUGCCGUUGGGAGGAUAUCGAUAUUCCCCUGGGCCAGCACGGACUGGCCACAGUUGGUGGCCGAGUAGGCAACACGAGUAUUAGGGGCCUCACACUGGGAGGUGGAGUAGGCUGGCUAUCCGGAAAGUAUGGCUUGGUCGUGGACAAUCUGCUGUCCGCUAAGAUGGUCCUGGCGGAUGGGCGCAUUGUUACUGCAUCAGCAACAGAAAACCCGGAUCUGUUCUGGGCCGUGCGAGGUGCUGGUCAGUGCUUUGGCGUGGCGCUUGAGUUCACUUACCAAGCGUAUGAUCUGGCAUACCCUAUCUGGCCUGGUCAACUGAUCAUGAAGCUCGAUGCUUUACCCGCUGUCGUGGAUUUCGUGAACCGGUUCCCAUCGUAG